UGCGCGUGUGUGCCCCGUGGUCUCAAGAGUAAAAUAUACUCGGCUAAAAAAGCCAAGACCUCGUGAAAAUGUCAGUGACUCAUUAAUUUUCUCUCAUGAAUUCUCACGACAAAAUUCACUCGAUUGAUUUUUAUGACAAACCAACAACUCCACGGAUGUGUCAACGCUCGGUAAAACCUCCGGACUUACUCUGUCACCCGCACUUUGGAUCAGCUGAUUGAUCUAAUCAAGGUAAAGAAUAAUCAUCUGAGGAAGUGGAGGAGUAGAGGAGGCAGAAGAGAUGGGGAUACGAGUGAUAUUCUAUAAGUUCCGGGAAAUAACCAGGAAGUAUCCAGUGAUCAGGGGGAUGGCUGCUUAUUCGGCUAUCUGGCCCGCAGGAUGCCUCAUCCAACAGAAAUUCAUCUCCAAACAGGAACUUAAUUAUCUCCAGGCGCUGAGGUUCAGCCUCUACGGUGGAUUUUUUGUUGCACCGACUCUCUACGGAUGGCUGACUAUAGCUACUCGAAUUUGGCCGAAGAAUACAUUCAAAUCUGCAAUUACCAAAGCACUUGUAGAACAGGUGACGUACGGGCCGGCGGCCAUGUGCUCUUUUUUCUUCGGAAUGAAUUUACUGGAGUUCAAGCCAGUCUCUGAAUGUGUGGAAGAAGUCAAGCGGAAAUUUAUCCCUACGUGGAGGAUGGGCAUUUGCGUGUGGCCAGUACUUCAGACGAUAAAUUUCGUGCUAAUCCCGGAAAGGAAUCGUGUUGUUUACGUGAGUGUGUGCAGCCUCAUGUGGACAUCCUUCCUCGCCUACAUGAAAGCCCUCGACGCCGAGAGAUUAAACACCAAAUCACUCCACGAAUAUCAACCCGAUCAGCCGACUCUCCCAGCAACUGCUAAGAUCGAAUCAUCGACUGUAAAAAUCCCGAGUACCUCAAAAACGAAAGUACCAGCCGCACCUUAACCAUCAGGAAAAAUUAAACUAGAAAGACUUGCAGGUUUCAUUUAUAUUCUUGCUACUUACAACUAGGAAAUAUUGAAUUGACAGUUUUAUUGAUGUUUGUCAUCUAGGAAAUUAAAAAUGUACAUAUUUCUAUGAUAUUAUUUAUUUAUAAUAAUGAUUGGUUCAUCUGUAAAUCUACGAUUGAAAGUAUUCAGAGUUUUUAGAUAAAAUUGUUGUGAUAUACGUGGGAAAAAACAAAGAAAAAAAAUUUUCGCUUCGUUUAAAAAAAAUAUGAAAAUUUGAAAAUGAAAAAUGAAAAAUGAAAUCAAAUAUCUCUGUUGAAACAGAAAUUUCAUAGAAUUUCUCACAGCAAGCGAAAGGUUUUCCUUUCAUUUUCCACGCGUUUAGACUCAUAUUCCCACAUGUGACAAUAAAUUAUAAUUUAUUCCAAUAUUGUUAAUCAAUACUGGACUAUUAAAAUCUAUAGAAAUUCCUCGAAAUAAAUUUUCCAAACAGGAAAAUUGAAUUUUA